CACUCUGAUUUUUAGUUGGUCGGUGUAUUUUGAUGUUGGUGAACACGUAAACUUCGUUCGGAUCUUGUGAUGUGCGAAUAUUUGUGAAUCCAUUUAACGGUGGAAUAUAAGAAAUCGCUUAUUUACGAAGUAAUAAGUUUUAACGACAAAAUGCUGCGAUCUGCUUUAGUUUCUGGUCUAACCAUUCAGUUAUUGGUCUUGGCGGUUUUCGCACUGGAUGUCACACAAUUUCCAGAUGACAAUCAGCAUUUCAACCGGACAUUGGCGGGUAUUAUGCGACCCAGAGUGGUGGGUACGAAUGGCCACAAAGAAGUUGAGAAUUUCAUAAAAAGGGAACUAAACACACUCGGCUUUAGCACGGAAGUUGACCAAUUCUCCGAAAGGGUCCCCAUUCUCGGAAAUGUUACUUUCACGAACAUUAUUGGCGUCUUAAAUCCCAACGCCCGCGAUUUUUUGGCACUGGCUUGCCAUUAUGAUAGCAAAUAUUUUCAAGAUGAUCCCGGUUUCGUGGCAGCUAUAGAUUCUGCAGUGCCUUGUGCCACUAUGCUGAAUACCGCUAAGACAUUAUCAUCGUAUCUUUUGGGCGAUUUUAAAGAUCGUAGUGAUAUUGGUUUAAUGUUAAUAUUUUUCGAUGGUGAGGAAGCUAUAAAGGAUUGGUCGGAUACCGAUUCGAUAUAUGGAUCGCGUCACUUGGCAGCCAAACUGUCGAAUACACGUACCUCAGGAGGUCUAGGGCGCAGCAUUGAUCGAAUUGAAGUCUUGGUGCUGCUCGACUUGAUUGGCGCUGCCAAUCCAAAAUUCUACAGUUUUUAUCCCAAUACUUAUGGCUUGCAUCAUAGCUUGUCGGAAAUUGAACUGUCUUUGUCAGCAGACAGGAAACUUGAAGGAAAGAAUCUGAUGUUUAUGAGACGUCCAUCAACCGGGUUUAUCGAUGACGAUCACAGGCCAUUUUUACAACAAAAUGUGCCGGUUUUACAUCUCAUAACAACACCAUUUCCACCACAGUGGCACACACCGAACGAUAAUGCGGCAAAUUUGCAUUGGCCAUCGAUUCGUAAUUUUAAUAAAAUUUUCCGUGCUUUUGUCUAUGAAUAUUUAAAACGUCAUAAAGAACAAGUGAACUUGCGAGCCGCGUUCCGUUAAACAUUUUAUUACUUUCUUCAAUAAUAAAAGUUAGUUUCAUAGUAAUAAAAAUAAAUUAA